AUGUUAUAUGGCACUCUACCUAUUCCGAUUUCAAGUGUCAUAAAUUCAACACUUCUUCGAUAUGACUUGGUUCCUGAUAGUCUCAGGUGAGUUGCUAUUAAUUUAUGCAAUUCAAACAAUUAUUUAAUAAACAGUUCAUCAAUUAUUACCGCAGCAAUGAACGGCUCAGGAAGUAUUGGUGGAAUCAUUGGAAUAUUCUUUCUAUUACCUUUAGCCGACACAAAAGGUAGAAAGUUUGUAUCUGUAAAAAUCAGGUAAUUUUUCUAAAUCAAAAACAUUCAGUAUAUUGUUUAAAACUAUCUUUAGAUCAUUUUGUGGAGUUUUCGGAUCGGUCAGCUUCCUACUGUCUGCAUUAUUAGGAUCCGCGGAAUUUUAUUGUCUAGCAGAAAUAUUUCUUGGUUCUCAAAUAACUUUGCGAGUUAUCACAACUGCAAUUUAUAUCAGUGAAUGCUCACCGGAUCAACAUAGAGGUUUUUGAUUUAUUUAGAAAAAAUGAGCUCUAUCUCAAGUUUAGGAUUUGCUACAUUUUCAUUAAUGUUAACUGAUUCAUUAGCCGGUAUCGUUAUGUAUUCAAUCGCUUCGCCAAAUAUUCUAGGAACUCCGGAAAGAUGGUUUGUAUUCCCGCUGUUAACUUUGAUUAUGUAAGUUUUAGCUGGUAAUAUCAAUUGAAAGAAUGAAUAUAAACUUUCAUCAACUUCUCAAUAUACAUUAAGAAAAUAGUUUUCUUGUGAAAGUCAAUCCAACUCCAAGAAUGUAUUUUCAAUUUUCAGAUCGAUUGUGUGUUUCUUGUUGACAAGGAAUAUUCCAGAAUCACCGAAAUGGUUGGUUGGACAAAACAGAUUGGAAGAAGCUAGUGAAAGUAUCAAAUAUUAUCAUGAAAUUGAAGAUAUUGGUUGGUGAUAUUUUCAGUCUCGUGUUUUAAUUUUUAUUGUUCCAGAUGACGUUUUGGACUCAAUGAUUCGUGAGAAACACCUAACUGUUAGCGAAAAAAUAUCAAUCAAACAAGUUUGGAGUGAUGAAACAAUGCGAGAAGCUUUUAAAAUUGUAACCUGCGUGUAUGUUUUUAUGAUGUUCACUCCAUCAAUGGCUGAAAAUCUUUAUUCAAUGCAACUUCAUACCGAUGCUGGUCUUUCAAUUGAUCAAACUUUGCAAGUCACUCUCAUUCUGAAUAUUAUUUUUGUGCCUGGUUUGUUAUUUGGAACAGUGUUUGUUGACAAAAUUGGAAGACGUAGAAUAGUUAUGAUUGCUGGAUUUGUCAUGUAAUAUAUUUUUAUAAUUCAGAAUAUAUUAUAAAAUUUAAGUCAAUAUUUUCAGGAUUUUCAAAACAUGGUUGAUGUCUGGAACUGUAAUUAUAUCAAUGAUUCAACCAAGUUUACUGACAACUAUUUUGAGUAAGUGUUUCACUUUAUUUCAAUUUAAAAUAUUCAAUUUCGUUUUUUUUUCAGUUCUUAUAUGUGAUGUUCUUAAUCGAAUUCAAUUGAGUACUGGAUUAUUAUCAGUUGGGCCAUUGUUGCUUUCUGAAAUUUUCCCACCUUCAGCUAGAACUGUAGUAGCACAGGUAUAUAAAUUAUUUUCUAUAAAAUUGUGUACAAGGUCAGAGUUUCUUUUUCAGAAUAUGGCAGUCUUGACAUUAUUCACAUUCGUACCAUUCAUUGUUUUCUUCCCAAUAAUCAGAAAUUUCUUCUUGCCAGCAUUUUAUGUUCCAUUUAUGAUUUCGCAACCACUUAUGCUUCUAUAUUUGUAUCGGCAUUUACCUGAAACAAAACAACGCGCAGUUUGUGAUAUCAUAGAAUCACUUGACUAUGAAGUUGCUUCAAGAGUGAGUUGGACUUUUUCGGUAUGAGAGAUUAUUGAUUGAUGUUUUUUCAGCACGCGACUCUGAUUAUGGAUGAAAAAGCGCCAUUGUUGAGAAAACGGGUGAGUUCUUAUGUUAGAGGUAUACAAAAUAAUUUAGAUGUGUUCAUAACGAUUUACUGAUUUUUGGUUUCCUUUGCAGUAGCCUAAUUUCAUUUCAAAAAACCUUUUGCAGUCAGCCACUUCUUCAACCGUCGCCAAAUCGUCGACGAAGUUUGCUAAAAUUCACAAAUCGGGUUUGUCAAUUUCCCAUAGUAAUUUUUUAUAAUUAUUUUUUUCAGGCCAGCUCAAUGGAUAAAACAUUCGUGUUCUAG